UCCUGCAAUUCCCAAUGUGUUGAACGCCUUCCGCAAGAACACUGUGGCAAUCUUUGUCAUAGUCAGUGCACCGCAGCUUGUACUCAGAGUGUCCCGGCAGUCACCCAACAAGCACCGCAAUGCGUUGCAGCUUGUCAGCCAGCUUGCGAACCAUCCUGUGUUCAGACUGCUACUACACCCAUUAAAGUAGAGAUCCGAUUUGAACAAUGUCAGCCAGCAUGCGAGACCAGCUGCAUGCGUGAGUGUCAGGCAACUUCGACGUCGAUCGGAUCGGGUUGUGGAGCAGCUUGUACGAAUAUCUGCACGCAUUCGUGUGCAGCUCAACCGGCUACUCAACCGACUGUAGUGCAAGCAGCCCUACAAAGAGAAGACAGUUGCGCUCCACGAUGUAUGGCAGAUUGCCAAAACCUUUGCCCAAGUAAGACGGAUUCCAGUGCUUCAAGAGAUGUGAAGCCAGCUGCCAACAGCUGUGCGGAUCGGCGCCGACUCCCGUCAGCCGAACUACUUGCUAUAAGUUAUGACUGUAAAUCUACCGGUGAGAUAUGCUGCAAUGUACCAAGGAAUGUCUUCAUAAAGAUUCUGGAUGUGGAAUGUCUUGUGUACAGAGAUGUGAGACAGCUUGUCCAGUGGUGA